AUGGAGCACAAAGACUUGCCAGGAAGACCCAAUCCCACCUCGGCCCAGGAUUUCUGUCCCAAUACUGGGAAGAUUCCUGACGCGCCCGUCUCAAAGGGCUAUUUUACCAUGUCGAAUGGCUGUCCCUUGGAGGAUCCGCUGUUGACGGAAAGGAUCGACAAGCCGGAGGGCAAGCAUCGAAUGGCCUCCCAGCUGAUCCAAGAUCUCAAUGUUGUCGAUACCAUCUCUCAUGUUACCCGUGAGCGGAUUCCAGAAAGAUACGUCCAUGCAAAAGGAGUAGGCGCCUUUGGCAUGUUCGAAGUCACCAACACAGACUUCAUGGUUAGCGACUACACUGAUGCCAAGUUCCUCAAUGCUACUGGCAAGAAAACCCGGCUUUUUGCGCGCUUCUCGACUGUUGCCGGGGAGAGAGGCUUCCCGGACACUGUCCGAGACACCAAGGGCGCGGCCUUUAAGCUCUACACUGAGGAAGGGAAUCUCGAUUGGGCGUUUCUGAAUCCCGUGAGUCCCGUCGGAUACCAAAGUGUUUGCCUAGCUAAUACGCCAUCCAAGGAAAUCUUCUUGAUCAGGGACCCUGCCAAGUUCCCCUCUCUUGUCCAUGCGACAAAGCGGGAUCCCGCAAGUAACCUGCCCGACGCCAACAUGAAAGGAAGCGACUGGCAGCACACCCUGGUCAGGAUCAAACUAGUCCCUGACCCCCCCAUCAAUCCCGACAAUGACUAUUUCGACCUGGGUGCUGCGACCACCAUGGCUGGAAAGGACCCGGACUGGCUGACUCGCCGUUUAUACGACGAGAUCACGAACGCGCAAAAGGAUCCAGUGAAGAACAAGUACCCAGCCUGGAAGGUCAAGGCACAAAUAGUCAAAGACCCCAGCAUGAGCCCUGUGAACAUCUUUGAUGCCACCAAGAUCCUCCCAGAGGCUGUGUUUCCAUGGAAAGAAUUCGGCAAGAUAACAUUGACUGAAUGUCCGCAGAACUUCUUCACGCAGGUAGAACAGGCCGCCUUCAACCCGGCAAAUGUCGUCCCCGGCUGGGAUAUCUCUCCUGAUCCUCUGCUCCAGAUCCGCCUAUUCGCGUAUGGAGAUACACAAAGAUACCGUCUCGGCGUCAACAACGACCAGCUGCCCACCAACCGGCCAUGCUCAUAUGUCUUCAGCCCCACCAGACGAGACGGAGCAUACAACAUGACCAACUACGCCAACGCGCGCAACUACAUACGAAGCGACGACAACAAAAACCCCCCUGACCACUACAAUAUAAGUUUCCUCGGCUGGUCGGGGAAGCUCGAACGAUUCAAGAACACUGUGGAUACUACCGACUACGAGCAAUGCUACGAUCACUACAAGAGCAUGACUCCGAAACUACAGGCAAACUUCAUACCGAACGUUGCGGCUUCUCUGUCCACGGCCCAGAUAGUGACACAAGAUAAAUCGAUCGAAAUCUUCAAGCUGAUCAAUGGCGAGCUCGCGGACAAGAUCAAAAAGGCUUUGGAGAGCAGAAUUGCCGCUAAUAAAAGACUCGCCCAGGCCACCCCGGGUGUCGUGGCAGGAGCAGAGCAACCCCAUGAACUCAGUUACGUUCCUCCUACGGCACCGGAUCCUUUCACGGGGGUGAACAUUUCCCUUCGCAACGUGUCUGCCGCCGGACAAGAAGUCCCUGACGAGCACAAACGAGAUGAGAACCAAAAGGCCUCACCUGAAGCGGACCCGGAACGAUCUGGCAAUCCUUCUGGACGUGAAGAAGCCCAGUAUUCCUCAGGAAUUCGAUUUCACCUCGCCGUUGCGACCCUGUGUCUGGGAAUAUUCCUCACCACAAUGCGCUUGUGUUUCUUUCCAGGACAACACGAUCAUCGCCACCGCGCGUACAUUUCCGAUGAGUUUCACUCGCUCAAGGAUGUCGGCUGGUACAGCAGUGUUUACACCAUGGCCAUCUGUGUCACCCAGCUUCUCUUUGGCAAGCUGAUUGCCCGGUACUCUGUACGAUGGAUCUACAGCAUAUCCAUGUUUUUCUUCCUGGUCGGAUCUGCCGUCUGCGGCUCUGCGCCCAACUCUCCCGCACUCAUCAUUGGACGUUCGAUUGCUGGUCUGGGAUGCGCGGGCCUCUUGGUCGCUGCCUUCUCCCUUGUUCCCUUCCUUGUCCCGCCGACGAAGCGCCCUGUCGUCCUCGGUCUGAUCUCAGCCGCCCGCGGGCUGGCGACGACGUUUGGCCCCUUGAUCGGAGGGGCGCUCACCGAGAAGGUGUCCUGGCGCUGGAACUUUUACAUCAACCUCCCGAUAGGCGUCACCAUUCAAGCCGCCUUCCUUCUCCUUGUCCACCCGCCGAAGCGUGACGGCGAGGCCUUCACCUCCUGGGCUGAUUUUUUGCAGACUCUCGAUAUUUUUUGGCCUCGCGGCUCUUCUACCAUCGAUUGUUUGCCUUCUUCUGGCGUUGCAAUGGGGCGGUCUCCAGUACCCCUGGCAAGAUGCUCGCGUCAUCGCGUUGCUGGUCCUUUUUGGCGUCCUGGGUAUCGCAUUUGGCUGUAUCGAAGUCUGGCAGGGCCCCAACGCUUUGCUCCCAACCCAUGGUUCCAAGGAGUUAAAGGCGCCAGCCCCAUCCAGUCCGGCGUAUGGACGCUUCCAUGGGUUAUCACUAGUACCAUCACGUCGCUCGCCUGUGGAGUACUCAUCUCCAAAAUAGGCUAUCCCGACGUGUUCAUGGUAGCGGGAACUGUUUUCGGCGCAGUCGGAUCGGGCCUCUUUACCACGUUCACUAUAGACACGGAUACCGGGAGAUGGAUCGGCUACCAGAUAAUCUUCGUUGUGUCUUCUUGUCUCUCCAGCCUCACUCCUUUGAUGGUGGCUCAGCAUGCCCUCCCCCUUAAGGACGUCCCCAUCGGCUCUGGGAUGGUCAUGUUUGCCCAGACGAUUGGCGCGUCAAUCUUUGUUGCUGUUGCACAAGCGCUCUUUACAAACAGUUUAGACAAUGGCCUGAAAGGGAUUGGGGUGGCUGGUGUCGAUGCAAGCACUAUCUCGUCAGGCGGUAUCAUGACGCUCACCCAAGGCUUGACAGGCAACACUAAGAGGUCGAUACUUGUCGUGAUCAACCAUGCUUUGACUCAGUCAUGGCAGCUUGCUGUUGUUCUGAGCUGCAUCUCUAUUAUCGGUGCGGUGACUGUGGAGCACAGCAAGAUGAGGAAGAGGAAUUGA